ACCACUUGCACAUGCGCAGACUGAUCGUGUGUUUUGGCACCAAUCGUCUCGGAGAAGACAACAGAGCAGUGCGGUCUACGUCUGUGAAGAACAUCUUUUCCCUGAGCAGCAGGUGUAAACCUCCAGGAUGAAGCAGGAGAAACCACAGCCCCCCCAUAUUAAAAAAGAAGAGGAGGAGCCACAUCUUACCCACAUUAAAGAGGAAGUUGAGGAGCUACAUCGCCCACACAUAAAGGAGGAAGAAGAGGAAUACAGUAUCAGUCAGAAUGGAGAGCAUCUUGAAGGAAUGGAGGUUGAUAUCUCCAAGAUUCCAUUGAAUGGUGUCAUUGUGAAGAUUGAAGAUCAUGAGGUCAAAAGUGAAAGUGAGGAGAAGAGUGUGGUGGAGUUUCCAAGCAGCAGCUCAACUCAACACAUGACAACAGAAGCUGAUGGAGACCACUGUGGAGGAUCACAAGCAGACAAGCUCUUAGCUCCACUAUCAGAUAGUGAUGACAUGACGUCACACUCUUCUGACACUGAUGAUGAAGACUCUGAAGCUGAUACAACAUGUCACACUGACAACACACUCUUCGAAUGUUCUCACUGUGGCAAAACUUUUAAUUACUGUUGUAAUCUGAAAACACACAUGAGAACACACACUGGUGAAAAACCUUUUUCUUGUGUAAGAUGUGGUAAAAGUUUUACGCAAAAUCAUAGUUUGAAAACACACAUGAGAAUACACACUGGUGAAAAACCUUUUUCUUGUUCAUUAUGUGGUAAAGGUUUUUCACAUAAUCAUCAUUUGACAGGACACAUGAGAACACACACUGGUGAAAAACAUUUUUCCUGUUCAAUCUGUGCUAAAGGUUUUACACACCAUAUUAGUUUGAAAACACACAUGACAACACACACUGGUGAAGACCCUUUUUCUUGUUCAUUAUGUGGCAAAGGUUUUACACAAAGUCAUAGUUUGAAGGCACACAUGAGAGUACAUGCUGGUGAAAAACCUUUUUCUUGUUCAUUAUGUGCUAAAGGUUUUACACAAGUGAACCAUUUGAAAACACACAUGAGAAUACACAAUGGUGAAAAACCUUUUUCUUGUUCAUUAUGUGGUAGAAGUUUUAGACAAAAUCAUAAUUUGAAGGCACACAUGAGAACACAUGCUGGUAAAAAACCUUUUACUUGUUCAAUUUGUGGUAAAUGUUUUACACAUAAUCAUCAUUUGACAGGACACAUGAGAACACACACUGGUGAAAAACCUUUUUCCUGCUCAAUCUGUGCUAAAGGUUUUGUACAAAAAUAUACUUUGAAAAGACACAUGAGAACACACACUGGUAAGGAAGUGUGAGUUGCAGUGUGUGUGAUGAAAGAUUAUCAUAAAAAUUCUAGUGUAACAAAUGUAACACAAUCUUGUUAGUGGGUUUCUACCAUUGGUAGAUUAGAUGUUUCAGAACAAAUCAAAUAUAUUUUACGGACUUAUUUAUAUCGUUUUUUUAAUUGAUGUGUUGCAUAUUUUCAUUUCUAAUUCUAAAAUAAUUUCAUUGAUGAUGUCCUUUAUAUAAUAUACAUAUUUGUUUCACAUUGUUUCAUACUUUUGCUUUUGAGUGCACAUAAAUCCCUCUUAGUUCAUAUCUAUUGGUUCAUAUCUGAAACAUCUUCUGGAUCACGUUUGGAAGCAUUUUAUUAUUUACUUUAUACAUAAUUUGAGCAGUCUUGUAUUCUACAAGAUUAGUUGUUUGACCCUUUUCCCAGUGCACCUUUACGGGGUGCAGCCCUUGUUACGACCCAUGCAUGUUCCUGUUCUGUCUACUCUGUAUGAUGUAUGUCUGAUUUUGAGCAAAUUUGUACUGAAAAUGUAAUUUAGUUGCACUUUUUAAGUGCAAUGACAAAGUACUAUUCCAUGUGUGACUUUUAUGAAUCAUUUGUCGAGUCUUGAUAAUCAAUUCUAUGAAUUAUCCUUAUUACUCUCUUAUGUGUUAUGACUAUUGGGUUUGUGAUUGUUUUAGAUGUAUGUCCCCAGGCCUCGAUGCAACAAAGAAUGUAUGCUUUAAGUAAAGUUGGGCACGUUAUAUGUGGUAAAUAUUUGUGGAGUAUGUGUUUUGUUCUAUUUAAUAUUCAUACAAUAUGAAGCUGAGCUAUCUUGA